AUUCAUCUUUUGGAUAUAUCUUUGAAUGGGACGAAUAUUUUUCUGUCUUUUUGGGAAUCGUCACCUGUACAGCCAUACUACGUUUACUCCAACACUUGUCAUUUAACUACCAUUUCUACCUGAUGUACAGAACGAUCAUGGCGUUUCGUCUUGAGCUUUUCCAGUUCUCGACACUACUCAUGUUGUUAAUGGUUGGAUUUUCAAGUUUUAUUUAUCUUAUGUAUGGCCAUAUGGAGGGCAGCUUCAAAACUGUUAUGUCUGGAAUCUUAACCUUGUUUAGAAUGACAAUCGGAAUGAUCAAAUUCCGCAACGAUUUGGAGCUGGACGUGCUCGGAAUUACCAUCAUACUUUCACUUUACGCUCUUGCCGUCACAAUGGUUUACAUUAAUAUGUUCACUAGUGCAUUGAACUUUGGAAUUACGAAUAUAAAAAGAAUGAUUGCUGAAGGGGAGACUUCAUUUGAAAUUCAUCUAAAUCAACACAUUUGGGAUCGACUUGCAAAUGUACUUUCACUUUGUAGACCUUCAAGGACAGUCAUUCAUACUGAGACAUCUGAGGGAACGGAACAAACAGAACCGAGGAAGGAGAAACUUAAUCUGCGGCAGGGUGAAGUCAGCGUUGAGCGAUUCCUUUCGAAACUGUCUGAACAAGUGACAUGUGACGUGCAACAGGAAAAGGAUUUCUUUAAGAAAGCAUUGUUACCUUCACGACACUUCGCUGGACAAAAUUUUAUCUGGAGUUGUCGAAGAGAAACGACUCACGGAGUGCAAUACAGAUACUCUAACGACUGGAUGAAGGGAGAUAAUUCAUUAGUCCUAGAAUUUCCUGAUAAGAAAGUGGACUGUAGGAUUGACGUAGAAUGUAUCCCGGAAAAUGUUGCCAUUCAAAGAGGGCUAAUUCCCUAUGGACAAUCAACGCAUCCGAUUAGCCCACUUUUUAUCGUCAACACCAAAUACUAUAGCAUAAAAUCGUGUAAAGUAAUGGUCAAAGUGCAGUCCUCCAAACUGUCCACAAAGUCUGUAUUCCUGAUCAUUGGCACCGGCGAUCCUUUUUCCUGGGAACAAUAUACUACACAACAUAUCGCAGCGGAUGAAAGAAAUGUAUACUUGUCCGUAUCUGUCCCGAGGUGCCCUCGGUACAUUAUAGCAGUACGUUCGGACCUGUGGUGUGACAUUCCAGAUGAAAUACAACAGAAACACAUUAAUACGUUUGUUGUUACAAGUAAGAAAGCAAUCAUUCAACCUGGAUCUACCAAGAACAUGUUGCUUAGCUUCCCGAAGAAUUCUGUGACAUCAGACACAGUCAUCAAAACUGUGAUGGAGCAAGGCGAUCCCUUUCCUACUCUUCACGUACUAGCCAGUGGAAAAGUUUCGGGACCUAUUUUUGUCGAGUAUGUCGGGAAGAGAAGAACUGAUUGGCUGUCACUUGAAAGUUUCAUGGAAUUACAAAUACUGACAAAAACUGGAGAUUUGGAAUGGAAGAAAGAGAGCACAAGGACAGAGCGACAUGAUAACGUUGUUGAAUUAAAAUCCUUAGAAGCAGGAGUCAAAGCAGCCAUUACUGUCAGCCUAUCGGACUAUAAAACUCUGUUUGCGGAUGCCUCUAACCAACACCUUGAACGUGGGAGGAAAACACUUAUGAAUAUAUACAAAGGGUUAAUACCAGCCAAACACUGGCGACAGAUCGGGAAGUAUAUUGGAGUAUCAGAACAACAACUGGCUAGACUCGAAAACAUGAAACCCAGAUCCCUGGAGGAGAAGACAUGCUUAGUCCUGGGUCACUGGCUAAAGAAAAACAAUGGGCGGGACCUCGGUGAAAUAAAACAUAUUUGGGAAGUAAGAAAGGAUACGAUAAAAGUUUAAACAGCCAUACUUUAUGAGGUUUUGAACCAUACGGCAAUUCGCCUUGAAGAACUGUACACUAAUAUAUGUCGCUUAUGUUAGCACUUCUUGACAAUUUUUAAUCGAAUUUAAGACGAAGGUUUUUACAACGCCCAAAGAAGGAUAACUUUUACGAAUGCAAUGUACAUUGUACGUUGUACAGUAAAGAGGAAUGUGAGAGGAACCGAGUUAAUUUCCAACUGGACGUAAGGCAGCCAAGGUACAAAGUAUGCAAACUUGCGUGAUUAGUUAUAAGACACAAAUAGGAUGGAAAAAGUGUUAUGCGGUACUAGCCAUGUAGGUUAAGGGAUCGAGUACUAUAAAUACCAGAGUAGCAAGUAUAUUUUUUGGAUCCGUUUUUGUUCGAUAAUCCAUAUACAACUGAGUAUCGUUCUUCAGACAUACUUUAGGAUACUUUCCUCAUUUUGUUGGCAAUUGUUUAUUAUCCGCGAUACUUAUGUCAGUAUUUAUGGUAGAAAUGUACAUCAUGAUAUGUUUGAUUGAUUUAUUUAUCUUUCAUUAUUUCUGUAAACAAUUAGAUCUGGAUGCUAGUUGAAAUAUAUUGUUUGAUGUCUGCCGUACAAUAGGCCAAUAAGGUUGCUACAGAAACACGUAGUAAGAAAUGCUAGCUAAUGGAAUCAUUUUAUGUCAAACAAUUUUGAUGAGAUGCAUUAUUGUUUGUUAAUAUUACUCUUGUGUCUAUCUAACUUUUAUGAUUUAUACUUUUAUAUUAAGGUGUAUUAUGCAUUUAUCGCAAAUACGACUACCUAACCGAUAUAUUGAUACAUUGUUCAAUAUUUUGAAUGGAAGGUAUAUGCUGUAAACGUACAGAUUUAGCAGUAUUGCUAUUCAAGUGCUUUUCGCGGUGGGAGCUUUGCGCUUAUAUUUGAAAGCGCUAUUUAUAUUUUUAUAUACAUUUUAUAUCAAAUCAUGUCGUUGUGCUUAUUCCUCAUUGCGCUACUCUGUUCCAUUUUGAUUGUUCGAUAAAGUUUUAGUACGGACAGCCAUCAACGUGUAAUGAUUUAUAAUCGUGGUUUAUUUUAAAUGACUUUUUAUAAAAAAAAAAAAAAUACCCCAAAAAACCCAUUUCUCCUCUACAAAACUGGUGUCAAAUUUACCAUGGAGGCUUACUUAGUCACAUUUAGCGAUAUCUAGAUCUGAAACUACAUCAAAUCAAUCAAAAAAUACUACGGAAGCACGAAAACUUAAGUUGAUUUAGCUGUUUUAUCUUUUUUUCUGAUAUCCUAAAACAUAACAUCAUGUCAUUGGCAACCGAUGUCGUUAUGUUUCAAGUCCAUUCAUCGUCAUCGUCAAACGAGUCUACAACUCCUUUCCUUUAGGUUCUCUAGGCACCUUUUGUCGUGUUAUUUAAAAUAAAUGUGUUAAAACAAGUU